AUGGUUCCAAAGAUACAGAACCCCUACAUUAAUGCCCUGAUUCUUUCAAUGGGUGCAAUGGAUGUAGGUUUUGGUAUGGUUUACCCCGCCUAUACUACUACCGCGAUCUCUAAGAGAUUUGAUCUUUCCCUUACCGAAGAAACAAUGUUCAAUGUCGGUGGUAUCUUAUCUGCUAUUGUUGGGUCACUGGCAAUUAAUGUUGUUGUCAACAAGUUCGGUAAGAGAGUUUCAGGAUUAUUCUCAGGUCUAUAUGCCACAAUUAUGUGGAUCUUGCUUGCUUGCUCUGUAAACAAGGGCAUGUUGUUCACAUUCCGUUGCUUAUCCUGCCUUUCCAUUGGUCUUUGGACCACAAUUGUCCCGGCAUUUUUGUCUGAAGUCGCCCCAGAGAACAGAAAGUACUUUUUCGGCUUCGUUAACCAGAUUGCUAUUGCUUUUGGUUUCCUUUUUGUCACAAUUAUCGGUGCUUAUCUCAAAUGGGAAGUCGUCGCAGGUAUCUGCGCUGUCCCGAACUUCAUCAUUGCUGUUUUGAUCAUGUUCAUCCCAGAAAAGGAACAGCAAACAGCAGAGCCAGUCUCCUGGGCCAAAGUUUGCAGCUAUCAUAAGGCGUUGUUCAUCGGAUUCCUCUUCAUGUUCUUCCUUCAGUUCUCUGGUGUCCAGCCCGUUAUGUCUAACAUGGAAAAGAUCCUUUCCAAGGCUAAUCUUUCAAUCUCAAUUCAAGUUAUCGGUAUUAUCGCCUUAAUUGUACAAUUAAUCACAACAUGCAUCUCCGCUAUCAUCGUCGAUAAACUCGGUAACUACCUCUGCUGGAUGAUUUCUAGCGUUGGCCAAUUAAUUGCCUUCGUUUUGCUUUGCUUACAUCAGAAGAAAAAUCUUCCAACAUGGGUAUUCAUUAUUGGCCUCUUCCUCGAGCAGAUCAUGUACGGUGUCGGUAUUGGUCCAAUUCCAUUCGCUUGUGCUACAGUUCAACUCGAAAUGCAGUACCGUGCAACAGCUAUGGCCAUCACAGUUUCAGAGAACUGGGCUUUGACUGCCUUUGUCAACCUCAUUUGGCCAUACAUGGAAAAGGCAAUGACACUCGGCUAUGCUUUCUUAUUCUUCGCAGGAAUGAUGGUUCUUUCUAUUAUUUUUGGUAUCGUCAUUUUCGGAAAUAAGUUGGACCAGGAACCACCAGCUCUCGAUAAUAAGGAUUCCUCGGGUGAUGGAGUCUCUAUAUAA